GUCGAAGGAAUAGCAGAAGACGCAGAAGAUGCCAGAGAAAGUUUUACUCGCGGGAAAAAUGGCGGAAAUGUGUGGUUUCUUCACGGUAUCAACAUCAGCGUUGCAAAACAUUUCCUUUUAAGCCUCUUCCUGCGUUUGUCUGCAUGCGUGAGAACACAAUCUUUAUGCAGUGAGCAUUUUGGUGCGUCCCUGCUAUGACUAUAUAUGUAAAGCUCUGGGUAACGAGAGGAACGCAAGAUGCAAAAAGAUUCAAUGCACCUCUCCACCCCUUGUCACAUGAUGCACAAUCAAGUUGCCCCUCAAGAAUCCCCAAGCAAGUCUUUUCAUUGUAGUCACUGUCCACUCAACUUCAAAUCCCAGGUCUUCUUUUUUGAACACCUCAACAACGUGCAUGGCUUCUCUAUAGAUGCUGCUAUCAGAGAUGCUGGUUUAACUGGGACUGACAAAGCCAACACUGACAACAACAGUGACAGUUCAAGAGGUACUUUUGAAUGCCAGCACUGUGAUUUUAAAGCUUGUAGUUGGGACGUUUUUAAAAAACAUGAAAUGUGUCACAAAAAAUCAGAGGAUCAGAACAUGAAAGGAAAUCCCAUAAUUUCUGAAAAUGUUAUUUCUGCAAACCCGCACAAGAAAGCUGCAGAGGAAAAUGAGAUUUCCUCAUCAGUUAUGUCUACCUCACAAACUAAAUGCACACUUAACUUAUCAAGGGACCUGAAAACAUAUAAGAAGCCAUUGCAAACCAUCACCAAGUACUUUAAGACUACAUCUGGAUCAAAUGGGAACCCCUCCGUGAAGUCAACUGAUAAUCCAGUGCUUCUAGAUAGCACCAGAGGAACACUGAUUUUGGAAGAAUCCUCCUCAAGCUCCAGCCCAAACCGCAGUGGUGUGUUGAAAGUCACUGCAAAGUCGAUGAUUGAUCUCUCCAGAGUGUCUGACCAUUACUUGCUAAAUGACCACCUUUUAAUUGCUGACCUUACACCGCCAACGCCUAAGGGACAAAUCAAAGAACCAGUUCCUAACAAGGCUGGCAAGAGGACCUGUAAGGAAAGCUCGACAAGUCCCCCAGACAAAAAAAUAAAGAUGGAUAAAAAAGAGGCAAAGGAAAGCAAGCAAGACUCGUCAAGCACCACAGAAUUUUCAUUUGAAGUUAGUGAUGAUGAAGAAGAAAAGAGGAUUAAUCUUGUUAAUGGAGACAUGAAAAGCCCAAAAGUUUACUUUUGUAAGCACUGUGACUACAGUGAUGUGGGCAUCCAAAGUGUGUCUACCCAUUAUCAGAGCGACCACCCUUACGUAAGAUAUACCUCUGACUACGUUCAGGAUCCGAGUGAUCAGAGUGCCACCUUCCGUUGCCUUGAGUGUCCAGUUGAGUUUUUAAGUGUAACUGACCUCAAGAAACACUACACACAAAAUCAUCCAGAGGCCCCAAAUGUAUUCACGAUGCAACUACGUGAACUCCAUUUGGUUUUCAAAUGUUUUGUGUGUCCAUUUACCAUUAACACAUUGAAGGCCUUGAGAGGACAUUACAAGGAAAAGCACCCAAAGCAUCAAGUGAAUAAUUCAUUGAUGUACUGCAGAUAUUUGGCAACCAGAUGCCAAGAGGGAUCAUCUCAGUUGAACACAUGUGAAAAGACUUCCAGUUCAGAAAGUUCAGAAAGGAUUUCUACUGAGAGUGGCCCAACACCAUGUGAGGAAGGCAAAAAUGCACCCUCAUCCCAACAUGCCACCUCCAAAGAAGCAGGCGUGGCCUUGUUUCAAUGCAACAACUGCAACUUUAGUCACAAGUCAGUUGUUGUUGUGCAUGUCCACUACCAAAAAAGCCACCCAGAAGAAGCAGUCACAAUUGACAAAAUCAAACAAUCGGCUCUUGUCACGUCACAGACGACUCCCAAAAAGAUGUCAGAGUCUCCGAACUCUGUGACAGUAAUAGACAAAUCUGCACCUCAAAAGAAAAUUUCAGAUUCUCAGAUUCAGGAAACAAAAGACAAAUCGAAGCUGCAACAGCAGAAGAUUUCAUUUUCUAAGCACACACCAGAAAUUUCAAAGACUCAUUCAGAGUCUCCCAAAACCAAGAAAGUGGAAUCUGCAGAGGAUGGAACGCCUGCCAAACAUGAUAGGAAAAUGUCCACUGAAAUGGACACUUUAUCCCCCACUUUACCAAAUACAGUGUUUUACUGCCAGUUUUGCAGUUAUUCAAGUACCAAAAUAAAAAGCGUUGUUGGUCAUCAUAACGCAAAACAUUCUAUACACACACAAAUAGGAAUUGAAGAGAUCAUAAAGUAUAGUGCUGAGUUCCAGAAGAAGAAACUUCAAAGGGAAGCAGAGGCCUCAGCAAGUACAUCAUCAUCUACUUCGGUGAUGAAAUUUCACGCCUAUGCACAUGCAGAGGACUUGUUUUACUGCCAAAAGUGCAACUAUGGAAAUCCCUCUGUAAAAGGAGUAAUCACCCAUCAAAGCAAAAUGCACCCAAGCUUUAAAUACAGCAGUGAAUCUGUUAUUGAAUAUACAGCUUUGAUUCGUGAUGAAAUUAGAAAAUCAAAAUCUCAAGCAAAGGAGUCAUCCAUUUCUGCUGAUCUACCUCUUCCUCUUUUGAGUGAAGGCGAUGAACAUAUGUUUUUCUGCCACUUUUGCAACUAUCGGCAAAGUACUGUGAGCCAAAUAGUGCAUCAUUACUACAAAACACAUCGUGGAUUUGUGGCUAAGGCAAAACAAAUCCGUCUACAUACUUCUAUGGUUCUUGAACAGACACAGAAAUUCUGUUCUAAUCUAAAAGCAACUGCAAACCAAGAAGUCAGUCAGGCAUCCGUUGGGAAAAACAGAAAUAAAAAGAAAAAAACAAAGCAGCCUGGCAAAUCCUCUUCAGUUUCAGCGUCAUCCUCAAAGGAAGCCUCACAAACACAGAGGACCCUGCAGUGUUCUAGAUGCCUAUAUGUCACUCAACAUUUGUAUCUUUUGAGGAGACAUAUACGGAAAAUCCACGGGUCAUGUUACUCACUUUCAGAUGUUUUAAAUGUGUGUUUUAAACAAGGGAAUUUACAGUCAGGGUAUCACUGUGAAUUUUGUGUUUUCGCUCACAAAAAAGCAACAACGUUGCAUAAGCACUAUCAGGAAAAACACCCAGGACGUAGACCAAACCUUGCGUUCAUAACUACUCAGUUAUAUGUCGGUCCUGAAACAUCCGCUCCAAAAAAGAAGAAACCUCAAAUAAAGCACACAGAUGGUAUUAGUGACUGUGAUGGCACAAAUGGAAGCUUACCAUCUCUGAGAUCUGGACAAAAUGAAACAAAACUAUUUCCAUGCAGAGCAUGUUCAUUUAAAGGUCGCUCAGUGUCAAGUAUCACAGACCAUUACCGUGCUGUUCAUCCUUGGUCUGUGAAAGAAGAUGGAUCAGUCCUGGAUGUCAUCAACAGAAAGAAGCCAAGUGCAAACAAGCAGGUAGAAGACCACAGUGAAAUACCUGGGUCAUUUGACACCUACCAAGUGCCUCUUGAAUUUGACAAGUCACCUGAUUCACCUCAUGAAGCAACAGGAUCUCUCUCAUGGCUCAGGUGCCCUUGCUGCCCGGCAAGGUUUCAUACCCGCCAUGGUCUCAAAAUUCACUGUGGAAUGAAACACCAAUAUGUAAUUGAAACUGCAGAAGAGCUGCAAGAACAGGAAAUACAAGUCCAAACACGUGUGCAUGUCUUUAAAUGUCCACAUUGUACCUACGUCAAUACCAAUUAUCAAGGGGUUCUCACCCACUGCCAGAUGAGGCAUCCUACCCUUGCAUCAAGAGCAGACAGUCUUCAUGUGGAUGAAGAACAUUUGCACCUUUGGGAUGGCUGUUUGAAAAGAAAUGGUCCUGAUGGCGUAUUGAGAUUUACUGGGUUCAUGUGUAAAACCUGCCCACAAAUCCAUGCAACGCUAGAGAAGCUGAACAAGCACUGUGAGGAGGACCAUAACCUGACUGUGCCAAACACUGAGCCAAGUGCACCCAGACCAGCUCCUGAACUACCAGCUGUAAGUGAAACACAGCGAUCAAAGACCCAGAACACUCAGGGAUCAGUAAAGCAUUGUUCCUCUGUUAAUAAGAAACCAUAUGGAAGGGUCAGGUGCCACCACUGCACCUAUAGUUGCAGCACAAAAAUUGCGCUUGGUCGGCACUUGCGCGCUUACCACAAAAAUGCACUGGUUUCACCUGCUCAGAAUUGUUUAUACAUGUGCGUCAUAUGUUCCAAAUCCUUUUUCGAGAAAAAGCGUCUUGGGUGCCAUUAUACUAAGAUACAUGGAAAGGAUGCCUUCUUCAAAUACUAUGCACCCGUAUACCAGAAUGUCCCCAAGAAGCCAGCACCAACAUCUCCAGACCAUCCCUCAAGUCAGGAGGCAGAAAAUACUUCUGAGGCAUGUCAAUCUGGCACAGUGACAGAAAAAAACAAAAGAAUUGUCUUCAAGUGUCCAAGGUGUCCCUAUGUGAAUACUAGCCAGCAUGGAACUCUAACUCACUGCCGAAAGUCGCAUCCAGCCCUCAUGGCCAGGACAGAUGACCUUCAAAAAGAUGAAAUCCUUUUAACCAACAUGGUCACGUGUACGUUGGGAAAAGGCUCUAAUGAAAGAGGGUAUAUGUGUAAAAUAUGUCCACAAAUUCAUGCAUCGUUGAAGAAACUGAAAAUCCAUUUUGAGAGGGACCAUGGAAAGGAAGCCUCCCACAAACACAAUGCCAACAUGUACCACCAAAAACGCAAGAGGCCACAACCACCAUCGUCAGUACAAAACAAGUAUAAGUGUGACCUUUGUGCCUAUUCAGGAAUGAAGCGAAGGUACUUGUGGAGCCACUACAGAAAGUAUCACAGAUUUGAUACUCUUACCACAUACAAGCGACUUGUAAAGUAUAAUAAACCAGGAAGAAAGGUCAGUAACCUACCUGAAGCUGAACCUGAAUCUGAGGAAAGUGCACAAAUUAAAUGUAAGAAGUGUCCCAACUUAUUCUUUGACUCAUUCGAGCUGCUUAUUGGCCACUAUAGUACCUUUCACAGGUCAGAUUGCAAAUUGGAUUUCACUGUGUUAUACCCAAUAUCAAAAUCAAGUACAGGGGUGUACAAAUGUUGCCACUGCAAGAAACAGUUGAAUGGGAUUAGAAAGCUGUGUCUCCACAUGGAUCACCACAGAGAGAGGAAUGAAAAUGGGGAAGAUGCUGCAAAGAAAAUGGCUGAAAGGACAAAGCCAUCGGUUGUUGUUACGAUAACACCAGAGGCCAAAUCCACUGAACCCUGUUGUCAAGUCGAAAUACCCUCAUUAGAAACUGUGGAGGAGCCAGCCCAAAGAAUUGUGUCUUUGCUGACAAGUCCUUUGUCAUCACCUUCAAAACCCCCUGAUCUGGAGCAACCAGAUCCAGAAUCAAGUGAAGGCAAACAUACUUGCAAACAAUGUCUUCGCACAUUCAUGUCACUGAAAGGUUUGCGUUGUCAUCAACGCAGCCAUGCAGCUGUGGCGGCCAUAAAGAAACUGGACACCCUGCCUACCUCAGCUUUAAAGCAAAUCAUGGACAAAUACAUCUUGUUCAAAUCUGGGACUAUUAGGCCUUUCCAGUGUAGUAUCUGUUCCUAUCGGACGACCGUCAUGGCACUGUGGAGGAGUCAUUUUAUGAAAAACCAUCAAGAUGUCAUCGUGGAUCCUGCUGAGACUGACAACCAAGAUGAGGAGAACACUCAGAUUGCUGAGAAGGAGCCCCCGUCAUCAGAGGAACCGAAUAAUUUGCCUGAACAUGAUGAAGAACUGGAUAGUAGUGAAGAUUCGCUAUACUUGGAGCCCCCAGAUGUGCAGCGGCAGUUGAACCAUUACAGCUUGAUAGCAGAGGCUGGUACCUCAUCUAAAGCGAACGUAAAAGGAACCAAAUUACCUAAGAACAGUCUGCUUCACUGUGAGUUCUGCAAUUUCACCACUGGACACUUGUCUAGUAUACGUCGGCACCUCCUAAAUCGCCAUGGAAAGAAGAUGCUCAGGUGUAAAGACUGCAACUUCUUCACUGGUUUAAGGAAAACCCUGGAGAUGCACAUUGAGACAGGUCAUUCUACCUUCCAGUCAGAGCCUACUCAUCAGAAGGAUCUUCGCUGCCCGUUCUGCCUCUACCAGACCAAAAACAAGAACAACAUGAUCGACCACAUCAUCUUGCAUCGUGAGGAACGUGUCGUGCCAAUAGAGGUGCGUCGCCCGAAGCUGUCACGCUACCUUCAAGGCAUCGUCUUCCGCUGUCACAAGUGCACUUUUACAAGCGCCAGUGCUGAAAACCUGCGUUUGCACAUGAUAAGGCACGAUGACAUCAAACCCUACAAGUGCCGGCUGUGCUACUUUGACUGCACUCAGCUAUGCGACUUGGAGGCACACCUGUGUGAUAAGCACCAGGUUGUGAGGAACCACGCGCUUGUGGGUCAGGUCAGCCUUGAUCAGCAAGAGGCAAGGCUUGGUAGGAUGCAAGAGGAGGAGGAGGAACCUCUGUCUAACUUGGAGAACCGCAACAAUGGGAGUGAAGAUGUAGAAACAGAGGAGUUGGUCGAAGUUCCACAUGAGACGCAUGCUAGGAACCCUGCAGUAAACGGCAAGAGGGAGAAUAUAAAACUACAGAUUGAGGGAUUGUAUCAGCAGCAAAGGCAGGGCGGAAGGAAAAAGAAUGAAGAAAGUCUCACCAGGAGCUCUGCAUUUAACCUUAAGAAUAUAAACAAUGCAAAGCCAAACACUGCUGUCCCAGAGAAGCAUGGGCAGGACCCACAGGAACGAGCACAGAACGAGAUGCUCUUGACAGACAGUGCAAAAAGACCAAAUGUGGCGGAAGGGAACAAUACAGAUAUGCAUUUUGAGGAUUUCAACGAUUCAGAGAAAGAGAGGCAGAUUAAUGAAAACCAGCCGAAACCUAGAGGCAAAGUAGACAGCAAAUUAAUCUUAUUGCAACAAAGAGAGGAGGCAGCAGAAGGAAGCUCAACAAAAUAUGUUAGAAUAGCUGAUAAAGCACAAGCGCACAAGCUACAAAUCAAGGCGCUGCAAGGUAGAACGUUGAACAUCGAGGCGAAGGUAGAGGAUGAUAUAAUGCGUCGUAUUCUACUGCUGGAUGAGGACGGCAGCAUCCGCAGGACACACAGGAAGGCAGUUCACGAUAGAACGGUUAAGAUCGACCAGAACAUUGAAACCAAGGUUGCGGAUAAUGUUCUAAAUACGAUCACUUUACUAGAUGAAGAGGGCAGUGUCACUUUGGCCCAACCCCCAAAAAAUCACCCUGAAGAUGGGACUAAGGCAACUCCAGACAUUUCAAAGAAGAAUCUCAUGCUGGCAAACCUCAAGUGUUUGACAGCCGAGAGACACUUGCUAACUCUGACACCCAACUGUGCACAACUUAAGAUCAGCCGUAACAAACUAGCUGACAGGGAGAGCUUAAGAUUCCCUGUUACAAACUGUAAAGAACAAGUGCACCAUCAGACAAACUGUGAGGAGCUCACUGACUCUUAUGGAGCAAUGCCAGUACUUAAGAAAGAAUGUGUGAAGGAGCAACCUCUUAGAUGUUGCAAGGAGGAAGAAAAAGAAGAUGAUCAUUUUGAGCAGAAGCAGGACAGACGAGGCAAGGUGAUCGUUGAAAACACUGAGAGCCGACGUAAGGAUCAGGGACAUGAUGAGGGAGACAGGAAGAAGGAAGCUGACAACUCACAUGUCCCCAAAGAUGCCCUCGCAGCCGUGGACGGAGCAGCUGAAGUACAACGCCCAUUAAUUACAGAGAAGAAACUGUUUACAUGUGAGUUUUGUGGACGAAACCUCACGAGCAGCUGUGAACUGGAGCGUCACGUCAUGCGACAUGGAAUGUAACAGUUUUCUUUGUUACGGACGGCAGAAGUAGCCUCCGCUGUUUAUUUCUGUGUGAAAAGCUGGAUUUUGUUUUCAGGAGCUGUCCUCCGCUGUCUCACUGUACUGUGUAUUUCUAAACAACCUAUUUACAAAUUAAUUUUUCAUGUUUUGUGGAUUUUAAGUAUUUUAUAAUGGAUGUUUUUCUUAUGUCACGGUUCUCUUCUUAUGUGACGGUUUCAUUGCUGCAUAGGCUUUCAUUUGUGAGAUUCAUAAAUCUUCACACUGUUAACCGUUGUUGCAUGCCUUUUUAAAAAAAAUGUUUUUAAAUCAACGUGUUCAAUACCAAGAACUGGACGAACCUCAUAAACCACUGAGUGUUGAAAUACUUCUGCUGCCUUCAAAUGCUGUCGGGUGUUUUUGAACAGGAGUUGUGUGUGCAUUGCUGUUGAACAGGUAGCUGUUUCACAAAGUGGUUAGUACAGUAAUAAAGGUAUUUAGUUUGAUAUACUAUUUAAAAAUAUGUUUCCUUUUCCUUUUUUUUAACAUUUUUUUUAUAUAUAUCAUUUAAUUUUUAUUUUGAAUAAACUGAAAUUGUGUUACCAUA